CCCCGCCGAGAAGCCAUUCUUGGACGCUCGCUGGCGGAGGGACCGCCGUUAGGCCUAGCCGAGGAGUCCCGGCCCCUGCGGCCCUGUUCCCGCAAGCCCGGUGUCCCGUGUGUGUGCGUGUGCGAUGUGGCCGGCGGCCCAAAGCGGGCCCCGGCAGAGGAGCCGCUCGCCCGAGCGGACGGCGCGGCGAGCCAGCGGCCGGCCGUGAGGGCGGACGUCGACGUCAGCGGUCGCCGAGCGCCGGCGCGCCGCCGUCCCAUGGUGUUCGGGCGUAGCGCGGACCCGCGUCGACCCGUCGAGCGGCCGCUUCAGUGACAUGGCCGAAAAUGGCGGCAGUUCGCGCGAGGUCAUAACGCUGGGCCAGCCGCGGCCGGGGGUCGCCCGUCGCCUCAACGAGUACGUGGAGACGCCACUGCGGCCGGGUGCCGAUGCCGUCACGUCGCAGCCCAAAGAGCGCAAGGCGGCGGCGCACGAGGACUCCAUCAUCUGCCGCCGCUGCGGCCGCUGCCGCUGCGACGCCUGCCAGGGGCCCCGGCCGCUGCCGUCGCGCUGGGUCUGCUCGGACAAGGUGCACUGCUCGGCGGGGGCCCUGGUCGACUACUGCUCGUGCGUGUGCUGCGUCAAGGGCCUCUUCUACCACUGGGCCAAGGACUACGACCUGGACACGGACGUGUCCUGCGCCGACAAGCCGUGCUCGUGCGCGCCGCACCGCCGCUGCGUGCGGUGGUCCUGCCUCGGCCUACUCAGCGUCGUGCUGCCCUGCCUGUGUCUGUACUGGCCGCUGCGCGGCUGCGUGCGCGUCUGCGAACUCGGAUACGCCGCCUGCUCGCGCAGGGGCUGCCGCUGCGACGCCGGCUCAGCGCGUCUGCUCGACCACGGACGGUGAGGCGGCAGGGAGGACCCUGCUCGGCGCGCCCGCCGCCUACGGCCGCGCGGCCCACGUCCCGUCGCCAUCUUUCUGCGCUUGCCGUCUUUCUGCUAUCUCGGCCCUUCUAUCUCGCUUUUCGGCUCCUGGCAGCAGGGGCUGUCCCCACCUGUGUCAGCACCUCUCCAGUCCGGCCAUCAUUGCUCGCUCUCUCGUUCACCGCGCCCGUCGCUGACGGCACAAUCCUGUUCGCGGCGCCUUCCCGUCGCUGCGCCACGCGGACAUUUUUUAGAGCGCAUCACAUUCCCCGGGAAAUCCUUAAAAUCGAACCGCGAGGCAGAAAACAAAAGACGCUUCACAGAGUCAGUGCCCACUCUCCGCCCGCGCAAUUCGCUACAUCAGAGGCGGCCAUUGCUCCCCGGCGCACCCUCCGGCUCGGCCGCAUCGGCUCUCUGGCCCAAAUCCGUCGGGUGUCCCGCCGACGUCGUUCACGAUCGUCACGUUGAAGCGUUCCCCCCUCCCCGAACGCUUCCUCCGCGCGCAGCACUCGGCUGAGCGUCGGCAGCUUGUCGUCUGCGCGGCGCCUCGCCUCUAGCCCCAGUCGGGCCCCGACAGCUUUCGAACGGCCUUCCGCCAGCUCCCUGAAGCACUAACACCUGCUUGGAUCGGCUGGUUUAGAGCCACGCAGUGAGCUACGCCGGCUACGCUUUCAGUAUCAUUAUGGAUGGCGCUCCAGGCACCAUAGUAUCGUACACACGCCCAUUCGCCAAUUCUUUCGUGCGAGCCGCCAUUUUGUUGCCUAGUCCAAUUGGCGAUGGUUACCAUUCCAAAAUGCCACUUCCUGAGCUUUUAGAAACAGUGUCGGGAAGCUGGGGCGAUAUGGUGUUGAUCUGUCGGUGGACAGCUAAAUAGAGCAUUCCCGGGGAACGAAAAAGCGGCCAUUUCAGCUGACGGCUUACUGAUGAUUUUCAGUCGCAAGACGUGUAGUCGUUCGCGUGCAGCUCCUUAGCAAAACUUCCAGACCACGGGCAGCACCCGUGACCGCAGCCAGGUUGAAAUCUGACCACCAAAACGUGAAAAUGCCAAAGCGCACGGCCCGCAAAAUCUCGAAAAAGUCUCCGAUGGACAUCCUUCCCACGAAACUCCUGCGCUGGUACGAAGUGCUAAGGGUGUUCCCUGAAGUCGCCGUAGCGGUGGGCAAAAGGAGCGUCCCACGUACGAGAUACCCGAGGGCCCCUUGUUCAGCUAGUUGUUGCACGAUGCUCAGAGACUCGCAAACGCAAAGAAAGACCUUCACGAAGGAUGGGACGCGGGGACAAGCUCUUGACUCCGCGUCCCAUCCUUCGUGCUCGCCUCUGUUUGCGCUUGACAGGAUUCCCGAGCACCGAGUGUCUGUGCGGUCGUUCCAAGUCCGUCGGCGGCUCGAUCUGUCAGUACAACGUAGAAGUCGAGGCCUUGGCUUUUAAAUCGUACUGGCUCUCUCACCCAGACGUCCCGCAUUUGUUCCUCCUGACGUCGGGCGGGUGAACUGUCGCAUUUAACGGGACGCCUUUCCUCCUCCUCGAUCUAUUUUUCCACUCCCCUCUGUGCUUGUGGCGUAGACGAGCGCACACUCGUACCACUCUGACGUGUACAAAUGUAUUUAACAAACUGCCCAACGGAUUCGUGGCAGCGCUUCCUCGUUGUCAUUAAACUAGCGUGUGACGUGUU